UUUUUUUUUUUUUUCUUUUUCAUUUUCUGUUAAUGACGAAUUACCAAUCCAUUGUAGACAACAGCGACAGAGCCUCGUCUGUAUCUUCUUAUAGAGCAAACUCUGAAUUCGGCAGUGCAUUAGAUUAUUAUAGACCAUUAUUAACAAACGAUACAGAGGAUAUAUCUAUUUGCCAUACUGUUUAUCCUACUGAUGAACCAAGUGCCACUAUUACCAGUUGUUCUAUUAACCUAGCUAAUACUAUCCUAGGUACCGGCAUGCUGGCAAUGCCCGCCGCAUUGGCAUCUAUUGGCUUGAUACCCGGCAUUAUCUUGAUUUUAUAUGCUGGAUGCACCUCGGCACUUGGACUCUACUUUCUCUCUCAAUGUGCAGCUAGAGUUGGAGACAGGCAUGCAUCAUUUUCUGCCUUAUCUAAGCUGACUUGGCCAAAAUUAGGUAUAUUUUUUGAUUUGGCAAUUGCAAUCAAAUGCUUUGGUGUGGCGGUUAGUUAUUUGAUCAUCAUUGGUGACUUGAUGCCCAAAGUCAUCCUUUCCUUCUUUCAUGAUGCUGAGCAGAAUGCACUCUUGAUGGACCGUCGUCUAUGGAUCACAUUAUUCAUGAUCACUGCAGUUGGACCAUUGAGUUAUUUGAAGCGUCUAGAUUCAUUAAAGUACACUAGUCUUGUUGCAUUAUUUGCAGUUGGUUAUCUCGUGGUCAUUGUCGUCUAUCACUACAUCUCACCCAACUUUCCUCCUCCACCUCCUGGAUCGAUUGAAUACUUUCAUUUUAAUACCAAAGUCUUUGGGCAAUUACCCGUUUUCAUUUUUGCCUUUACUUGCCAUCAAAAUAUAUUCUCAAUUUAUAAUGAAUUGAGUGAUAACAGUGAAAGAUCGAUCAUACAAGUCAUUGUGAAUUCUAUUGGGUCUGCUGCUUUUAUUUAUGAGCUAGUAGCUAUUCUUGGUUACUUAAGCUUUGGUAAAGACGUAAAUGGAAACAUCAUACUUGAAUAUCCUCAAAGUUAUUUUGUUGCUUACGGUAGAUUAGCAAUUGUCAUAUUAGUCAUUUUUAGUUACCCACUUCAAGCACAUCCAUGCAGAGCCUCUUUGGAAAAAACCCUUGUCCAGCAUACGACUCACAAGAGAUCACAUUUCUUAUUGACAACGGCUAUUGUCGUCUGUAGUUAUCUGGUAGCAAUUACGAUCACCCAGCUGGAUGUUGUGUUGUCCUUUGUUGGAUCUACUGGAUCAACCACAAUUUCAUUUAUACUUCCGGGAUUAUUUUACUUUAAGAUAUUUCAAGAUGAUCACUGGUACCAUUGGAAACGAAUCGUUUCGUUAUUCUUGGCAAUUUAUGGUGCUUUAGUGAUGUGUAUCUGUUUAUCGUUUAAUAUUAUGCGUCUUUUAUAAUUUCAUUAUAAACAUCUCUAAUAAACCUUCUUAAAAAAGACACAAGUUCUGGAUCAUUUUAUGUAAAUAAAAUGAGAACAAAGUUAAAGAUAGAGGAUAUUCGCGAUAGAGAGAAAAAGAGGAAAGGAGUUAAGGGAAGGGGG